AUGAAAUCAGGGAAUGGAGGGCGUUGGGAUUGGCCAUCCAGGCGGAAAGACGGAGAACAGGGCGUCCUGAUAAUUUUGCCGAGCGCCCAGAUUGUCGCUUUCAUGGGCCAUCCGUUCACGUGCCAUAACUUGUGCAGCCACCGGACUGACGCCGGGCCGUGGGGGGCGAGGGACCUGGGGCCGAAAGAGCGGGAGACCGUCACCACUGAAAUCGUGCCCUCAGGAAUAGGAAGGGUGGAGGAGGGCUACGGGCAGGAUGAGGGCAGGAGGCGCCCGAUGCCCCGCCCCGACACGUCGACGCAGGCAGGCUUCGGCGAGCAUACUGCGGGGCAGGCGCACUUCAAGCACCUGAGGUGGCUGCAGGAGGUGUGCUCGCGAGACGUCAACACCUACUGGCAGAAGCUGUGCGUCCCCGGCGGCGGCUACAGGUUCAACCACGCCACUGGUGAGCUGCAGGUGUGCAGGGUCAAUCCAGGCGAAAGUUUGCCAGUGGACCCGGCCGAGCAGAAGGCCCCCCCCCUGGAGUCGCCGCUGCUCUCCGGCGCCGCGCCGAUGCCCAUGCUGACGGCGGGGCCGGCCAGCCCCUGCUUCCCUCAG